CAAAAUUCAAUUCAAUUGGUAUCUGUCAUCGAAGAACUAUCGCGUGUUUGUGCGAUUUUAGAUAUUAGAAUUUGGUGGUGGAUAAAAUACCAAAUAUGAAAAUUUUUACCAACGAAGGAAAUCCAUUUGGAUUAAAAUUGCAAUUGUUGGCGAAAUUUGCUAAUAAACAAGUGGAAGUGGUUAAAGUCACGUUAAAUGACCCUGCCUGCAAAGAUUAUUUGGUUUUGCCAACAGUGGAGCUGGAAAAUGGUUUGAAAUUGUUUUCUACAGAUGCUGUAGCACACUUUCUAUUUCCGGAUGAAGGUGCCCUUCGCGACGAGUGGUUGGAAUGGUCUACGGUUAAGUUGGCACCGGCUUUGGCACAACAUUUAUCCGUCGGUCAUCGUGCAAAUCCUGACGCUCUGCCUGUGCUAAAUAUACUAGUUAGAAAAUUAGAUGAUCGUUUGGCAGAGUCAGCUUUUCUAACGGGCGAUAAAGUAAGCGCAGCAGAUAUCGCUGUCUGGUCGUUGUUAGCCCCCGAUGGCACAUUGAAAGGUGCCCAGAAUAUCGAGCAUCUUAAGGCUUGGUAUCGAAAAAUGACUGCCUUACCUGAAAUUCAAGCGGUGCUGGCAGAAACUCCAUUAGCCGGCCUAACAUUCACAUCUUUGCAAAAUUCCAACCGUUAUGGUGGUCUAAACCACGUUCCAGUUCGUGUCCAUACAGAAUCUGAGUCGGAGAAGUUAUUAGCGGAAGCAACCGGAAGUUUGGCAGAUACAGUCACGGAAGAUGAGUUGGCGAAUGCUCAAAACAGCUUUGUACCAGUAUCUGUGCCGCAACGUGUUGAACCGCGCACCGUUUUGCCGAAAGCGGGUGAACGUAACAUUUUAAUAACCUCUGCGUUACCUUAUGUUAAUAAUGUGCCACAUUUGGGCAACAUUAUCGGCUGUGUGUUGUCUGCAGAUAUUUUUGCUCGAUAUUCCCGCGCAGCUGGUUACAAUACUCUUUUGAUAUGUGGUACUGACGAGUACGGCACGGCAACGGAAAACAAGGCGCUUGCGGAGAACCUUACACCAAAGCAAAUAUGUGACAAAUACUUUGAGCUGCAUAACUCUAUUUAUCGCUGGUUCGGCAUCGGAUUUGAUUUCUUUGGUCGUACGUCAUCGCAGCAUCAAACUGAAAUUGUGCAAGAAGCAUUUCAUGACGUGUACAACAACGGCUACAUAUUCACUGAGAGCGUCGAGCAGCUACUUUGUGUAAAAUGUGAUCGUUUUCUCGCGGAUCGCUUCGUAGAGGGCACCUGUCCUCAUCCUGGUUGCGGUUAUGAAGAUGCACGUGGCGAUCAGUGCGACAAGUGUGGCAAACUGGUUAACGCCACCGAACUAAUUCGCCCACGUUGCAAAAUCUGUAACAGCGCCCCUGUAUUGCGGUCCUCUGACCAACUCUUCCUUGACUUGCCAAAGGUUGAAUCACAACUGCGUGUUUGGAUGGAGGGCUCCGAGAUGGGCUGGACGAACAAUGCGCGCGUUAUUGCUCGUUCUUGGCUACGUGAAGGUCUCAAACCGCGCUGUAUUACACGUGAUCUGAAAUGGGGUAUACCCGUGCCACUUGCUGGCUUCGAAAAGAAAGUAUUCUAUGUGUGGUUCGAUGCUCCAUACGGUUACAUCUCAAUGACCAAGAAUUACACCAGCGAAUACAAACAGUGGUGGAUACCGUCGAAGGAUGUAAAAGUGGAGCUCUUCCAGUUCAUGGCCAAAGACAACGUUCCUUUCCAUUCCGUGGUAUUCCCGUCUGCGCUAUUGGCGACUAACAAGGGCCACACUAUGGUAACGAAUAUUAUGGCGACAGAGUAUUUGAACUACGAAGAUGGCAAAUUCAGUAAGAGCCGUGGUAUCGGAGUGUUUGGCAACGAUGCUCAGGAAACUGGCAUUCCUGCUGAUAUUUGGCGUUUCUAUCUAGCCUCGGCACGUCCCGAAGGUCAAGACUCCAGCUUCAGUUGGAAUGACUUGGGUGCGCGUAAUAAUUCCGAUUUGCUAAACAAUUUGGGUAAUUUCGUGAAUCGUGCCUUAGUCUUCUGUGAAAAGAACUUCAAUUGCGUCGUGCCCACCAUGACGCUGACUAAGGAUGACCUCAUUCUGUUGGCGCUCAUCAACCGCGAAGUACGUGGCUACAUAAACUCACUUGAAAAGGCUAAAUUGCGCGACGGCAUACGCCAUUUGCUCUCGAUCUCGCGUCACGGCAACGGUUACAUGCAAUCCCAACAGCCAUGGGUACUGCUGAAGGGCACCGAUGAGCAGAAGGCACGCGCUGCCACCAUCAUUGGCGUUUGCGCCAAUAUCGCAGCGCUGCUGGCCAAUCUGAUUUUGCCAUACAUGCCCACAAUUGCACGCACGCUAUUCGCUCAGUUGAAUGCCAAGCCGACACAACUAAAUCCAGAAAAACCAUUUAUCAACAUUCUGCUGCCGUCUGGCCAUAAGAUUGGCAAACCAGCACCGCUGUUCACUAAAUUGGAGCAGAGCUUUAUCGAAGAGCUUAAAAUGAAGUUUGGCGGUGUGCAGGACCAAACAAAUGGCAAUCAAGCGGCAACGGCAACAAGCGAUACAAGCAAGCCCUCACCCCUCGCAAAUGGCACACAAUCGGUGGCUCAGUUGGAGGAAGCCGUGCGUUUGCAGGGCGAAAAGGUGCGCCAAUUGAAAGCGUCAACGAAAGACAAAGCAGUUUGGCAGCCAGAAGUGAAUGUUUUGCUCGAUCUCAAAAAGAAAUUAGCUGCCGCUCAAGCAGCGCCUCCAACUGCGGCACCGGCUGCGGCGACGCCUGUAGCCAGUGACGGAAAAGUUAAGGAACUGGAGCAACGUAUCACACAGCAGGGCGAGAAGGUGCGCCAAUUGAAGGCGAGCGGUGAUGCCAGCGUAUGGAAACCGGAAGUGGAAGUGUUGCUGCAACUGAAAAAGGAACUUGCCACACUCACCGGCGCACCCCAGCCGGCGGCUCAGGGUAAAAAUAAAAAGAAGAAGUAGACGAUGCCAAGUGUAAUGACAUAAUCCAGCAUCACCAUGCAAUCAAGCAUUCUAUCGUUUUUUACAUACGCAUAUUUGAAUGUGUAACUGAUUUCCUGGAAAAAUGUUACACUCUGUUGCUCAUCUCAAAAUAUUACUUGUAAGCAUUAUUUGACUGUAACCUCAUUUCAAUUACGCUUGUAGCUGAAGGCUUAUUCAACUCAAAUGGUUGCUUUCCCUUGAUAUUCUUAAUUUUAUUACUAAUUAAUUUAUUUUAUUGUGUUGGUUACGCGAAGUAUUUGAUUUAAUUAAAUAUUGGCAAGUAGCAUAUUUUACACACCACAUUAACCCCAAAAAACUAAAAACUAAAAAAUAAUAUUUAAACUUUACAUGGCUUGAUUACUCACAGAAAGUAUUGUAUUACUCUUUGUCUAUGAAAAUGAAUUCAAUAAAUUUGGUAAGACAUUGCAUUAAA